AACCCAGCAGGCAGCGAGCUCAAGCGUCAAAGGCCAGCAGAGGAAGGGCGGCCUCCACCUUCCAGUUCCAGGUGCUCCGGCUCCUCCACUGGCCCACCACUAUGCCGAUGGACACCCCGCCGCCGCGCGGGGCGGCGCUGUCCGACGACGACCGCCUCCUCGUCGCCCACUGCGCCGGACUCUCCUUCCCCUCCGCCUCCCGCUCCCCGCCCUCCGCCACCGCCUCCUUCCAGGUGCACCACGCGUCCCACCCCUACCCCUGCGCCGCCUUCGUCUUCCCGCCCACCUGGUCCGCCGCCGGCUGGAUGCCCCCCUCCCUCGACGCCGGCGGCCGCGCGCCGUUUGGGGACGCGGAGGUCGACCCCGCGCUCUUCCCGUCGCUGCGCAGCGUCGGGAGCGGUGUUCCCGCGCGCGCCAGCGCCGCCUUCGUCGCCGCCUUCAGGGGCCUGCUCGACGGCUCGCCGCUCCAGACCGAGGUAUCUAAAGCGGUGGCAGAGGAGAAACGUGUCGUAUUCACAGGCCAUUCAUCUGGGGGUUCAAUAGCCACCCUUGCUGCCAUAUGGUUUCUUGAGAACUGCACGAGACGGGGAAGUGUCAAUCAAGCACAGCCAUUUUGCGUGACCUUUGGGGCACCUCUUGUUGGCGAUAAUGUUUUCAACCAUGCUGUUAGAAGGGAGGGCUGGUCGCAGUGUAUUUUGCAUUUCAUCAUGCCACUGGACAUCAUCCCACGAAUUCCGCUGGCCCCCCUUGCAUCCUCUAGAGAACAAAUUCAAUCUGUUCUGGAUUGGUUAUCUCCUCAUAGUCCAAACUUCUCACCUGUUGGGAAUUCACUUGUUAUUCCUGAGUUUUAUGAAACUUUGUUGAGAAGCACCCUAUCAAUUGCCAGCUACGAGGCCUGUUCUUUCAUGGGAUGCACUAGCUCAAUCCUAGGAACGCUGACUUCCUUUAUUGAGCUAUCCCCUUACAGACCCUGUGGGACUUAUCUUUUCUUGACAAGUACCGAACAACUGGUUAUUCUCACAAACUCAGAUGCUGUAUUACAGUUGCUAUUUUACUGCCUUCAAUUGGAUCCCCAACAACAAUUGCUUGAUGCCGCUGCCAGAAGCUUAAGUGCUCACUGGCAAUAUGAAUCGAUUAAACAAAAUAUGAUGCAAGAGGUAGUUUGUGUGGAUUACCUAAGAGCAAUUUCAUCAUCACUUCCUGGUACACAGAUGAAUGGGAUAGCAAUUGGUGGCCUUGAACUGAGUAAGGAAGCUAUGCUGAGUCUUGCUGCUGCUGCACAAUGGGAGAAGCAGAGAGAGAUAAACCAAGCAAAGAUAGACGCAAACUGCAGUAAAAUUCAGGAAGCCCUCAAGUCCCUGAAUGAGUACAAAAGAACAUGCGAGCUGCAUGAAGUUAGCUACUAUGACUCGUUCAAGCUUCAGCGGGAAGUGCAUGACUUCAAUUCAAAUGUACGGAGGCUGGAACUAGCCGGCCUUUGGGACGAGAUAAUUGAGAUGCUGCGAAGGCGUGAGCUUCCAGACGCGUUCGAAGGGCGAGAAGAGUGGGUGAAUCUGGGCACCUCGUACCGCCGGCUGGUUGAGCCCCUGGACAUUGCAAACUACUACAGGCAUUCCAAGAACGAGGACACUGGUUCCUACCUCUCCAAGGGCAGGCCGAGACGAUACAAGUACACCCAGAAAUGGCGCGAGCAGUCGCACCGCAUCCCCUUGGGUUCCAGCCUCGAGUCGUGCUUCUGGGCAAUGUCUGAGGAGCUGCAGGCUGAGAUGAUCAACGGCAAAUCAUUCGAGGAUCUGAAAGACAGGGUGGGUAAACUCGAGAGUGAUGCACUCGGGUGGUUCACCUCGGGAACUCUUGGCAAGGAUGUGUUUCUGAGCAGCUCAUCCUUUGUGAUAUGGUGGAAAACGCUCCCAGAGCAGCACAGGUCCGCGUCGUGCAUCGCGAGACUUGUGCCUUCGUAAGAGAAUUUCUCUGUCGCAUGAAGAGGUUGCCAUUUACGAUCUAGCAGGAACUGCUGUGAGUCUGCCACUGUAUAUUGCAAGCCUGAACUCUCAUGUAAAGCCAUUUGUGUGUAGUAUUCUCUGGGAAUCGGGAUGAGCAGACUAUUUAAAAUGCCAAACAAUUGUUGUCUAAAUAAACUUACAGGCCCAUGGUUUUA